GGGGGCAGAGUUGCGGAUCCUGGAAUCCUCCCACAAACCGAAAACAAGAACAAACAACAAAAUACUGCCAACCUGCGAGAAUGCCGGAUUAACUGUACUUUCCUCUCAAUUUCCCCUUUGUCUCUCAUCAUCCAUCAUCCAUCCUUCUUCUUCUUCUUCUCUUCAUCCUUACCAUCAUCAUCAUCAACCCAUUGUUUCCUUGUCUCCCAAAUGCGUCACCGAAUUUUUUAAUCGCCAAAGCCACAUUGAUUCAAUCCCAUUUUUCCCCGUCUUCACUAGUUACACGCAUCCACGUUGUUAUUGCCUUACCAUCAUUCCAAAAAUUCGUUCUUUAUUCCAUUAAUAAUACUUACACUACUGCAACAUUAAAUUUAUUAUUGCCCAUUACCUGCAUUUUUUUCCCCACCACGUAUAUAUCUUGGGGUCUUGCGUUUUGGCGGAUCACGGUUAUCUUUCUUUUGUUGUUUAUCGUAUUGUGUGGUUUGCCAUCCUUGAACCUUCAAUUGUUUGGAUAAUUAAGAUGAUGUGGGCCUGUCAAUUUGGUUUCCGCUUGAGCUGAAAUUAGAAGUACAUGGACUCAGCCAGAAGUUGGUUCCACAGUCGUUUGAAGUCAUCACAGAGGAAGAAAGAUUCAAUGGCCAACAGUGAAGAUCCAAAAUCCUUAUCGGCUGACGAAGCCUCAAAUAUAACAAAGCAAAAAGUCGCUGCUGCAAAGCAGUACAUCGAGAACCAUUAUAAGGCACAGAAGAAAAAUUUACAGGAGAGAAGAGAGCGACGAAUAUUGCUGGAAAAGAAGUUGGCUGAUGCUGAUGUUUCAGAGGAAGAUCAAAAUAAUUUACUAAAAUUUCUGGAGAAGAAGGAAACUGAGUAUAUGCGUCUUCAAAGGCACAAAAUGGGUGCUGAUGACUUUGAAUUACUGACAAUGAUUGGGAAGGGUGCAUUUGGGGAGGUUAGAGUUUGUAGAGAAAAGACAACAGGUCAUGUGUAUGCAAUGAAAAAGCUUAAGAAAUCGGAAAUGCUUCGUAGAGGCCAGGUUGAGCACGUGAAAGCAGAAAGGAAUCUGCUCGCAGAGGUGGACAGCAGUUGCAUUGUCAAACUUUAUUGUUCCUUCCAAGAUGAAGAGUUUCUCUAUCUUAUCAUGGAAUAUCUUCCUGGGGGGGAUAUGAUGACAUUAUUAAUGAGAAAGGACACCUUAACUGAGGAUGAGGCAAGGUUCUAUGUCGCCGAGACAGUUUUGGCUAUUGAAUCUAUUCAUGUACAUAACUAUAUUCACAGAGACAUUAAACCUGACAACUUGCUGCUUGAUAGAUAUGGUCACUUAAGACUAUCUGAUUUUGGAUUGUGUAAACCAUUAGACUGCAGUACAUUACAAGAGAAGGAUUUUAACGGAGUCGAAAGCUUGAAUGGAGCAUCACGAGCUGAUGAACGUCCUGGAGCUCCAAAACGCACACAGCAAGAACAACUCCAGCAUUGGCAGAAAAAUAGAAGGAUGCUUGCAUAUUCCACUGUAGGCACACCUGACUACAUUGCUCCGGAAGUUCUGCUGAAGAAAGGUUAUGGAAUGGAAUGUGAUUGGUGGUCUCUCGGUGCUAUUAUGUUUGAAAUGCUUGUCGGCUACCCGCCUUUUUAUUCUGAUGAGCCUAUGUCAACAUGUAGGAAGAUUGUAAACUGGAGAUCACAUCUAAAGUUUCCUGAAGAAGCAAAGUUAUCAGCGGAAGCUAAAGAUCUCAUCAGCAAACUUCUUUGCAAUGUGAAUCAGAGACUUGGGUCGAAUGGCGCAGAUGAAAUAAAGGUGUUGUAUGGUGUGUGCUAUGCUUUUGUAUUGGAAUUCCCAGAUGUUUGUGUGAACAUAUGUAGAUUAAGUUGUUUCUCUAAAAUGUUCCAGGCACAUCCUUGGUUUGAAGGAGUCGAUUGGGAUAGGAUAUACCACAUGGAAGCUGCAUUCAUUCCCGAGGUCAAUGAUGAGCUUGAUACACAAAACUUUGAAAAGUUUGAUGAGGUAUUAUUUAUUUUGAGCAAGUUUGGCUGAUAUUUUUGUUUGCUUUAGUUUCUUUUUCAAGUAUUACUGGUAUUCACUAACAGUUAUUCUCUUUAUGGUUUUUCCUUUUCUUCUUUGUGGGGGGGAUGGGAGCAGUCUGACAAACAACCCGAGAAUCCAUCAAAAUCAGGACCAUGGAGAAAGGUACAGUUAACAGUUUUGGCUGGAUCUUCUAGAAGGAGCACCAGUAUGGGAUAAUUUCUCAUAUCUUUUUGAUUCCGGUUUUUCUCGAUCUAUUGUACAGAUGCUUUCAUCGAAAGACAUCAACUUUGUGGGAUACACGUACAAGAACUUUGAAAUUGUGAACGACUAUCAAGUUCCUGGAAUGGGUAUAUAAAAAUCUUUCUCUUGCUCUGUCUGUGUGCUUGAUGUAUUGCAUUCAACUUGAGUCGUCAUGUGCUUUUUUGACAGCUGAACUCAAGAAGAAGAACACCAAGCCAAAGAGGCCAACCAUAAAGUCACUCUUUGGUAUGCUUUAUCCUAUCCUUUCAACUUGAAUUCUUUGGCCGGUAAAUAUUUUGCAUAAAUGGGUGGCAUAACAGUAUAAGCAUAGCAGGUCAAAUGGCUUAGAGUAUUUAGUUUUUUAAGUGCAAAAAGUGUUGCAAUUUCUUCAAAAUUCUCAAACCAUUUAUUAACGAUGCUGAGCUUACAGUGGAGAUAGUAAGCUUCUAAGGAUUUUCCACAUUUUACUCACUCUUUGUUGCAUGCUUCAACAGAGGAUGAAUCAGAAUCAUCAGAAACCACUAGCAAUGGAUCAUCACAAGGCAGCUUCUUGAAUCUGUUGCCUUCACCGCUAGAAGUUUCUGAUAAGCAAAAUAACAAAUCCUUGUAGUUCAUAUUUCUAUUUCUUUUGCAUCGUCCGCUAUUGCUGAUUGUGCCUGUAUCACCCUCAUUCGGUGGAUGUUCAACUUGUCUUGAAGCUGCUGCUGCAAUUUAGGAACUUGAAGAUACAUAGUUGAACGUGAAAUAUGCUUGAGAAGUUUUGAUAUUGAAAUAGCUAUAAACCCCUUCAAAUCUGCUUAUUUUAGGCAUCUCAGUUUCCUUAGAGUUAACCAUUUCCCCCUUCUAAUUUGGGGGUCUAAUGUCUGGACAAAUUUGUUUGUAUGUAACUCAUUCCUUUUCAAAUGAAUUGUAAAUAGAUAUAGUGGAAAUGUAUACACUUGGAGAUCACGAAUGAUGUUGUAUGUACUUCUUUUCUUGAUACAAUGAGAACCAAUUUUGCUCCUCC